AUGGGAACCGGGGUAACAUCAGAGCAACCGGAACAACUAGGAGGCAUCAGAGCGAAACGCACAACAACAGGAACAGAGGCGACAUCGGAACAAAACGGACAACAACAGAAACAUAGGUACUUCAGAGAAAAACGAACAACAACAGGAACAGAGGUACGUCAGAGAAAAACGGACAACAACAGGAACAGAGGUACGUCAGAGAAAUACGGACAACAGGAACAGAGGAGACAACAGGGCAAAACAGACAACAGGGACAGAGGUACGGCAGAGAAAACCGGUCAACAACAGGAACAGAGGAGAGAUCAGGGCAAAACAGACAACCGGAACAGAGGUACGGCAGAGAAAACCGGUCAACAACAGGAACAGAGGAGACCUCAGGGCAAAACAGACAACCGGAACAGAGGUACGGCAGAGGAAAACGGACAACAACAGGAACCGAGGAGACAUCAGGGCAAACCCGACAACAGGAACAGAGGUGCGGCAGAGAAAAACGGACACCAGGAACAGAGGUACGUCAGAGAAAAACGGACACCAGGAACAGAGGUACGUCAGGGAAAAACGGACAACAACAGCAACAGAGGUACGUCAGAGAAAACCGGACAACAACAGGAACAGAGUCGACAUCGGAACAAAACGGACAACAACAGAAACAUAGGUCCUUCAGAGAAAAACGAACAACAGGAACAGAGGAGACAACAGGGCAAAACAGACAACAGAAACAGAGGUACGGCAGAGAAAACCGGUCAACAACAGGAACAGAGGAGCCAUCAGGGCAAAACAGACAACCGGAACAGAGGUACGGCAGAGACAAACGGACAACAACAGGAACCGAGGAGACAUCAGGGCAAAACAGUCAACAGGAAGAGAGGUACGGCAGAGAAAAACAGACGACAGGAACAGAUCUAG